GCUGGGUGCUAGACAUACAUUAACUGCUGCUUUCUCGAAGAUGAAAUAAUUCAAACAAACGAAGAAUUGCCGAGGUGGAUCCGCGCCGGGCUUUGGCUCUCUCCCAGGCACGAGAGACUGGUGAGCCUGCUCCAACCCCUGCCAGGCUCCAGCGGCGCCGCGAAGCCGCUCCCCUCUGAGGCUCUGGGGCUUGCCGCAGAAAUUUCAACCCUUUUGGCUUUCGGGAAGUGAAAGAAAUUAGAGACAGCGUGAAGCCGCCUGUUGCCAGGCAACCUGCGGACGCCAGCUGGGGCUGAAGUGGAAUUGCCCUCUUUUACACUUUUCCAGGUCUCCUGCUCUGGUUCUGGGCUUUCCUGAGCUUGUUGGGUCAGCUCACAGUGGCUUCCCUGUGUCGCCCACCCGUCCAGGGGUCCCAGUACAGAAUACUGCAUGAGAAAUACAUGAACUUGAAUGGAUUUAGAGGUUAAAGGAGUUGCUGCUUCUCCUACGAACCAAACCCAGCCAUUCUCUGGAAGAAAGAAGCCACUACAACAAGGAUGGACUUCUGGACCAUGGGCAAUUCAGAAUGCUUACCCACCUGUGGUCCCACGACUUGAUUUGGGAAGCCUUAUUGACUCUGAUGAUGAGGAUGAUUAUUCAUAUAUUCCACUUAGUACAGCGUAUAUUUAUUUUAAUCCACCAAAUUCAUCUUCUACUCUUGGUUGGGUCCCAUCAUGUCAAAUACCAUAUACUCAGCAUCAUCUAAAAGAACUGGACCAGGACAUAAUACCUGAAAAUUUACCAGCACCAUCAAGCAAAUAUAAGCUAAAAUAUCAGCAAUAUAACACUGAAAUGAAAGAGGGAUAUAAACAGUAUAGUCAGAGAAAUUCAGAGAAGACAAAAUCAAAUGUUCCACAUCCAGAGUCCCCAGGAAUCAAGAUAGAUGACAAGUGUGUACAAGGCAAGGAGAGCAGCAUGGAUGACCUUACAACUCUGGACAGGAAAGCCCUCCUACAGCAAGGUUUUGCAGAAAGCCCUUGCAAUGCACAACACAGUGCAAGAAAAUCAAAUGCAGAAGUAGUGGCUGCAGAGAAGAAGAAACGAACUGUCGCAGAGCAGGUGCUGAUAGAUCACUUAUCUCGGGCUGUAAUCAGCGAUCCGGAACAAAAUUUAACCCUGGAGAAGCAAGAAAGUGCUUGUGUCCUUCCAGAUUCAAAGGUGGCACCUCUUCGAUUUAGGAAAAGAACACUACAUGAAACAAAGAUCAAAACGCAAUCUACAUUAACUGAAAAUGUGCUUUCUCAUAAAGUGCAAUUUGAUGGUAGGAUCAUAACAAGAAAUGGACGUGAUGCUUGCAGAGAGCUGAUUGGAUUCUUUUUUACCCAUGACCAGUCCCUUACAAUUUAUGAAUAUCGGCAAUUUGGGAAAAAUAGAACAAAUGUGCUUCCUUUUAUUCAAAAGAGCAUUUAUAGUCAUCAGUGUGGACGAAGAAAAGGAAAACAAUACCAAGUUGGUGAUUUUUAUACUGGUGCAACUUUGACAUUUUUGAGUUCUGAUCACCCUGGCCUUCCAGAAAGCAUAAAAAAAAGCAUAUUACUGAGAGUUCGAAUCACAAAUAUUGAUCAAAUGGCUUUGGAUUCCCUGAAAACUGCUUCUGUGGAACCUGAUGAUGAUAUAAUCUGUCAAGAAGCCAAUGAUAGCCUUGUCUUAAAGGCCAUUCAAGAUGCGUUAAAAGAAAAACUACAUAACAGAGGUGUUCGUAUUUUGACUGGACUGGGAAAAUACUUUCAACAAUUGGACAAGGAAGGAGAUGGACUUUUACAUAAGUCAGAGUUUAAGCAAGCUCUGAAAGUGCUUCACUUUGAAAUAUCUGAAAAGGAUUUUGAAUCUCUGUGGUACAUUCUGAAUGGCAAUGACAAUGACAAAGUUGAUUAUGGAGAAUUUAAACGUGCAAUUAUUGGUGAAAUGAAUGAAUACAGGAAAUCAUUUGUUCGUAAGGCCUUUAUGAAACUGGAUUUCAACAAAACUGGCUUUGUGAGUGUCAUAGACAUAAGCAAAUGUUAUUGUGCAAAAAAGCAUCCCCAAGUAGCUUCAGGCCAUUCCACAGAGGAAGACAUCAAAUCAUCUUUUCUAGAAACAUUAAGAGAGUCCUGCAGCAAAUCUGAUGAAGUGUCAUAUGGAGAAUUUGAAGAUUACUAUGAAGGUCUGAGUAUAGGAAUGGAAAAUGAUGAAGACUUUGUUAACAUCUUACGUACUCCAUGGGGAAUUUAGUUUUUAAUAAUUCGUAUGCCAUCGGCACUAAACAUUUUGUAGGAAGGAUGAAUUGAAUGCAAAGUAUGAUCAAACACUGGAGUGUGUAUUCCUAGGUAUCCUCUUAUUCUCUUGAUCUUAUUUUUUUUUUCCAAAAAACUUUAGUCUGUAAGGAGAAAUAUUCAGUUAUAGGGAUAUGUGCUCAUAUACAUAUUGUCUAUCCGUAAGUUUGUAAAGGUAUGCCUUUUUGAUUUACUACUCAUUUUGAUCAUAUCUUAGAGGUCACCGUUUUUUACUAGCCUCAACAGGAAACUGACAUCUGCAUCAAAGUAUGUAAGAGCAUCUACAUAGCAACCAAGUCUCCCAUCAUUUCAUUUUUUUCCUGCUUCCCCAGAACAUAAUUGCUACCCUUCUAAAUUUGAUGAAUUUGAAUUGAGCCCAAAGCUUACAAGACUGAAAUAGUUCAACUUGUUUUAAACAUAUGGAAAUGUUAAAGGAAUUAAAGGAUAUGUGAGAUAUGUUUUCCAAGUAGAGUGAUUAUAGCUGUUUUCUAUACCAUUAAUAUUUAGAAUGAUGGAGAUUUACCCCUACAGUGCUCAUUACAUUGACCUGUCUUGUAAACUCUUGUCUUCUAAAAUAUGUACCAUUAUUUGUUCAGCCAAGCACAAUGUAUUUAUUCUAGUGACCAUGUAUUCCUUAUUUUAUUUUAUUUUAGUUGAAAUCCUAUUACCUGCAUAGAAUUGUUAUUUAGCUGGAAAAAACUUGGCAUGAGAGAAGACGUUUCUCUUAUUAAAUAAAGACCUCAAAAGGUGCAUUAUUACAUAUAUGGACCCAAGGGAUAAUGAGGAAUUCUUACUCAAAAUGUGAAAUCAUAUUUUGUGUGAUAAAAUGUUAUUCUACACAUCUAUUUUUGGUGUACUAAGCAACCAAAACAUUUUUUCUAAAUAUGUAUUGUUUAGUAGUAUUAUAAUUAUUCUCCCUAAAUUCCUUGUUUCUCACUUCAUGUUCACAACAGAUAGAAGAGAGAACAUUAUGUAGUUGUUUCCAAAUUCAUAAUCUUAACUUUAUGUUAAGAUAAAAUAAAUUGGAAAAAAAAUGUGAACAACAUAAGUGGUUCAAAAAUGAAAACAUGUACUUGGUAGAAUUUGACUUUAGGUAUAUCAGUUCAUCCAUCUAUACCUGGCAACAUUAUCAGAAAUGUGAUAUGAUAUGAACUCAAUAAAUUCAAAGUUGUACUUUUUGCUAUUUGAGGAAGUACUGAAACUUACUACUGAAAUAUCAGAAAGAAAAUAUGUGUAAACCUUUUAGUGCUGUUCUUACCAUCUAAAUUUUUUGCUUCUUUUGACUUUUCCCAGCAAUAUUAUUAAAAUUGAAACAAGAUGCCAGAAGAUAGUUGAGCAGAAAUAAGUUUAUAAUAUUAUUUCUAAGCAAUAUUUUUAUAGAAAAAUUCAUCCAGCUAUAAACAUCAUAAAUCCAUAAAUUGUUUUUGUGCUAAAAUAACUAACACCAAGAAUACUCAGCAUGCAUGUAGUAUUUCUCACAUAAUGAAUUUUUAUUUCAUUCUUCUUAAUAAACAUAUUCUUAAAAUUGGUAUGCCAUGUUUUCCUGUGAAUAUGAUUAUAAAAUAUGCUUUCAUAAUAUAAGAAAGGGGAGGUACAUCUAGAUAUGGCAAAAUACUCAAUAACUCUUCAUGGUCUUACUAUAAAUAGAAACAUGGGGUUAUUUACGGGACCUGCACUUUUUUUUUUAAAGAUUUAUUUAUUUAUUUGAAAGUCAAAGUUACACCGAGAAAGGAGAGGCAGAGAGAGAGGUCUUCCAUCUGCUGGUUCACUCCCCCAACUGGCCGCAAUGGCCAGAGCUGCAUCAAUCUGAAGCCAGGAGCUUCUUCCAGGUCUCGCAUGUGGGUCCAGCGUCCUAAGGACUUGGACCAUCUUCUACUGUUUUCCCAGGCCGUAGCAGAGAGCUGGAUUGGAAGUGGAGCAGCCGGGACUCGAACUGGUGCCCACAUGGGAUGCCAGCACAGCACUCCCACUAUGCCACAGCGCCAGCCCUAAGGACCUGCACUUCUGAGGUGUAACUUUUUGUUGGUUAAUUUCUCAUCAUUUUAUAUACUUGUUUCCAUGUAGAGUUAGGAAAUACAUCAGCAAUAUAUGUUUCUGUUAUAUUUUGUUCAAUUAGAAUUGGUGGUAAAAUAAAUCUUUUUGCUUUUGAAUUUGUGUCAGUGCCCGCAUCCUUCUUUGACUUAGGUAUAGUAAAGUCUGUUAUUUGUACUCAAACCAAAAGAAGGACAUUUAGUAGAAGUGGCAUUUUCAAACACUCCCAAUAUAAUAAUUGACUUUUGAAACUCUAUCCUUUAGACUUCCAGGUUUAGAAAGAGUUUUUGGAUAGCUUAAAAUAUAUAAAAUAAUACACUAUCUUGUUGCUACCUGAAUUUUAUAGUUAGAUGUAUUUUAUAAAUCUCUGUAUCUUUGAAAGUUAGUUGUUCAUUGCAUCAUAGAAUUGCUUUUCUGGCAUUCCAUACUGUUUAUUGAAUUACUGAAUGCUGAUUUCACGGUUUUUAUUCUUAUAUAUAAAAUGUUACAGAAUUUUCAGAAAGUACUCACAUUUUAUUAGAAAGCAAAGUAUAUCAUAUACAAAUGUUUAGCAAUUCAGCAUUUUAUUGAAAAGGAUAUACAUUUGCAUGAUAGAGCAAUUACAGCAUAGUAAAAACAUAUUCGUGUUUUAAAUUUUAUAGUAUAUGAUAUAUGAACUAAAUGAAAAAGUGACUCUCUAGAGUUACGUAAAAUAAUUCAUAAUCUUGAUACAGGUACAAAACAUAUUUUACUCAUUUUAUUCAUUACUUUUGAUUUUCAGGCAGCCUAAGUUAUUGUAAAUUGAUUUUGUAGAGAAUUUUGUACAGUAGACUAUGCUUAUUGCAGAUUACUUAACACUUUUUGGGAUUACAAUUUGUAGUGUUUGCAGAAAUAAAUAAAUAAAUAAAUAAACUGUCUUUACUAGGUUGAUCAGAAAAGAAAAAAUAUCCAUGGUGAAGGUGCUUAAAGAAGUGAAAGGGGGAAUGGUGCUGUGGCGUAGCAGGUAAAGCUGCCACCUGCAAUGUCAGUAUCUUAUAUGGGCGCCAGUUCGAGUCCCGGUGUCUCCACCUCCAAUCCAGCUCUCUGCUGUGGCCUGGGAAAGCAGUAGAAGAUGGUUCAAGUCCUAGGGCCCCUUCAUCUUCAUGGGAGACCCGGAAGAGGCUCCUGGCUUCGGAAUGGCGAAGCUCCGGCCAAUGCAGCCAAUUGGGGAAUGAACCAGCAGAUACCAGACUUCUCUCUCUCUCUCUGCCUCUGCCUCUCUGUAACUCUGACUUUCUGCCUUUCAAGUAAAUAAAUCUUAAAAAAAAAAUAGAAGUGAAAGGGACCGGGCCUAUGUAACCCAUGUCAGGCAAGAGGAGAGCAAAGAGAACCAAGAGGAAUGCCUGGGCUGUAUUAGUCUCUGACCGUGAAAAGAAGCUCCUUCCAUUUUUAUUUUAUUGUUAUAUAGUGUUCUAGGAAAACUUAUUUAUUGGGUAUGUUUGUUAUAAUGAAGAAUAAACAUUAUACAUUUGA